ACCAUGUCAGGCCCACUGCUAGACAGUCAUUGGUUCCUUUUUUGUAUGUUAGCCUCUCUCUUUCUUUCUGUCUCUCUUUCUUUCUUAAAAAAGCACUGUUAUUCUGGUAACUGUUGGAACAAACAAGUUAGAGUCAGUAAACCAAUUUUAUCGCUGGGAUAUCUUGGAUAUCUUGCUUGAAGAGGAUGUGAUAAAUUAGGGAGAAUGAAAGUCCAUCUUAAGAUUCUCUCUGUUUUUAUAGUUUUGCCCAGUGUGUUGAUGACGUCUGGAAAUGUUUAUGUGAGAACAGUGGGUGAAGGGGUAGACAUCAGAUGUACAUAUCCAGAUGACCAUAAAAAUACACCCAAGUACUUUUGCCGUCAUCCCUGUAAAUCAUCCAAGCAUGUUUUGAUUAAAGCUGCAAAGCCUGAUCUGGUCGUCUCAGAUGGAAGAUACUCUUUGUUUGAUAAUGUAGGUGUACAGACCUUUACUGUAACCAUCAAAAAUCUCAGUAUGACAGACUCUGGUGUUUAUUAUUGUGGACUUGAUCAAUGGUUCACUGACACACUGAAUAAAGUUAAUCUAUCUGUUUAUCAAGUUCCUGUGAGCAGAUCUACACACACUCCUGAAAACACACAUAUAACAUCCACAUGGACAACAACGCUCACCUCGGCAGAUAAUUCUAGUUCAUAUGAGCAAUUCUCUUCAGCAUCGCCAGCUGUCCAAUCAAAGGGAUCUACACUACUGGGGAACUCUGCCAGUAUUACUGUAGCUUGCGCAGGUCUUCUGGUGCUGCUGGUGUUCGGGGUUCUUGUGGCGUUAGUGUCUCUCUGCAGGAAAAGAUCAGAUUUAAAGUCCAGAUGUCUGAGACCACCCGUCCCUGAAAAUCCAGUUCAAAAUUCACCAAAUCUCAACCUGGUCUCUCAGACUGUAGAUAAUGGCAGCCACCUCUAUGAUGAAAUUGUAACUGAGUACAGUAUGGUUGGUCUGGCUAGAUAUGGUGAUUCUACUGUGGAGCAUUGUGAUCCUGCACCUCAGAAUGAUGAGGACACUUUGUAUUCAUUUAUCAUGAAAUACUGAGGAUAAAAGACUAGAUCAGCGGCAUUCUUUCCCCCGAAAAUGUAACUCUUAAAACCCUGUUGACAUGAAAUGGUGUAUAUGGUCAGUUUGCUAAAAACAAACAAACAAAAAAAAAAACGUCCUGCUGUCAUAAAAUCUAAUAUAUAUAUAUAUAUAAAAUAUAUACAAACAGAAUGGGUAAUAAUAUUAACAACAGAAUGACUUCGCUAGUUCAAAUGAUCAAAAUCUUCAAAAUCCAGUUCUUCCAAAUUGAUAAGGUAGCAGGUUUUGUGUCAUACGUCUGUGCAGGAGACAGUUGCAGAUAUAGUAUUUCCAAUAAGUAAUGAAACCUGUGCUUAGCAGAAAGAUCAUGAGGGGGUUUCCAGCAUUGAACAAGUCAUUUCUUUGCUGCAGUCAAAACUGCUAGACAAAAUUUCUGUUCUUUCCCACUUACAGAAAAUUUAGAAUUAUCAUUCAACAGUAAAAAAACAGGAUAUUUGUGAAAAUUAAUCUUAAUAACCUUAUAUAAAACAUCAAGCACAUUGUCCUAAAUUUUUUGCACAUCUGGACAGUCUCAUAGCAUACAGUAUAUAUCAGUGUGUAGGCAACCCUGUCCACAAAAUAUGCAAUAUGGGUGGGGUAAUAUACACAUAACAUAAUGUAUACGUGUGGUUAAAUAUGCUCUGUGAAUAAAUUAAUGAAAAGUGAAUGAAUUUGUGAUUUGAGUUUGAGUAGAGAUGGUGUGUAAUAUUAUUAGACUUUCUUUUGUCUAAUGUACUCAUACAAUCUCUUAAAUUAAAGCCUGUUUCUUUUUUUUUUUAAGAAUGGCUUGAUGACUGCUCAUUUUGCAAUAAAAAUGCUGUUCUAAACAAAGGCUUACCAUUUAAAUUAGAGAAGUGUUGGGUGUUAGUGGGACUCUGACUGUGUUGUUUUCUUUUAACACUCUGAAAUAGCUUAGGUGUGUGGCAAUACUGAGGCCUUUCCUCUUCACAGGGUUUUAAUAACUGCAUCCCUGGAAGAAGUUAAAAUUAAUCUCAGAAUACACAGCUCCUUUAAGACUGAUAUGGGUUGAUUUCAAACGUGUAGUACUGUGCAAUAUUAAGUUUGACUACAUCUGUUUUUUACUGUCACUGUUUCUUGAUUUUAACAACAUAAAAUGAGCUUCUUAAAAAAAGAGAGAUUUAAAGUUCAAAUUCUUUCAUUUGUACCACUGUUUAACUGUCAUUGGUUUGUCCAUUGUAAGUACAAGUCUCUCUCUCUCUCGGAAGUAAGUUCAUCUGCCAACUGCAAUGUGAGAAACAGUAAGCAGAAAACUUUCACAGUGCACAGUUUAUUUUUUGUUUUAUUGUCAUAGUUUCUUUAUAAAUCCUAUACGAAGGUGGAGGUGAUAUCACAGAGAAUGAAUACUCUUGUGAAGAUUCUGUGUCAUUUCAUAGGUAUUUUUUUUUCCAUUUCUUUACAUUUUCAAUUAAUUUCCAUAAUAUUCUCUGUUGAUUAUUUUAGAUUUAUUUGACAUCAUAAUAUGAUGACAUUUCUCAAGUUUCUAAACUUGAAAUUCUGUAAAUUAUGCGUUUGAAGAUUUCUUUCAUUGCUCUAUUGUUUCUAUUUUUUAAAUGUCAAAAUAUAUAAUUUACAAUUCUUACAGUAUGUAUGUCUCUGUUUAAUUCAACUGGUUUGACUGUGUUUUCUCUA